CCAUGAUCCACUGCAGGGUCCAUAAAUACCUCUCCUUCAACGUCCAACAAAUUCGACAAUUCCAAUUAUAUUCCCGUCUUCCUCAUCCCUUUGCUCUCUGAAAAUCUCUUCAACAUCGUCAAUGGCUCUCAAAGCCGUCCACGUCGCCGACGUCCCCAACCUCGAUCACGUCCCCGACAAUGCAUCCCUCUGUUCUCCCCGUUUUUCCGGCGGCGUGGGCGUUGGGAGGGCGACGUUGUUUAAAGAGCCGAAAUUUUUGCUGAUCGGGCACAGGGGGAAUGGGAUGAAUGCGUUGCAGUCGUCGGAUUUGAGGAUGAAGGCGGUCAAAGAGAACACCGUCCUCUCGUUCAACACCGCCGCGAAAUACUCAAUUGAUUUCAUUGAGUUUGAUGUUCAGGUGACAAGAGAUGGUUGCCCCAUCAUUUUCCAUGACAACUUCAUCUUCUCCCAAGACAAUGGGACAAUCUACGAAAAGAGAGUCACCGAACUAUCUUUGUCCGAGUUCCUCAGCUAUGGUCCUCAGAGAGAACCGGGUUCAGAAGGGAAAACCCUGUUGAGGAAAACGAAGGAUGGAAAGAUAGUUAAUUGGGAUGUGGACACUGAUGAUCCUGCCUGCACACUGCAAGAGGUUUUCCAGAAAGUGGUACCCUCAGUUGGGUUCAACAUCGAAUUGAAAUUCGAUGAUCACAUUGUUUAUCAGCAGGAGUAUCUUAAUCACGUAUUGCAAGCCGUAUUGAAAGUUGUAUUUGAUCAUGCCAAAGAAAGGCCUGUAAUUUUCUCGACUUUCCAACCAGACGCAGCCCUGCUUGUUAAGAAGCUUCAGAAAGCUUACCCAGUGUUUUUCCUCACGAAUGGUGGGAAUGAGAUUUACACUGAUGUGAGAAGAAAUUCUUUGGAGGAGGCCAUUAAAUUGUGCACGGAGGGCGGCCUACAGGGGAUUGUCUCGGAAGUCAGGGGUAUUUUCAGAAAUCCAGGCGCAGUAAACAGAAUCAAAGAACUGAAGCUCUCUCUACUGUCAUAUGGCAAAUUGAAGUAAGUUAGCCUCCUAUUGUAUUACAGUGCCUAUAAUUUGAU